CCUGUCGUCUAGUUUUGACAAGACUAUAGUAAAGCAAACAGUCUUUAUCAGUCAUGUGAAGCAAUAACUCUAGUAGACUUAGUUUUCGGUUUCAGUUCAACGAAAAUCGUCGGUUUCAAAUCGGGAGCGCCAUGACCAUUGCAGAAUUUUUAGGCUGCUUAUUCCUGGCCUUCGGACCAUCUUUGGCCAUGUUCACCCUGACAAUAGCCCAUGAUCCCCAACGAAUCUCACUCAUGUUGGCUGGUUCCUUCUUCUGGUUGGUGUCUCUUCUGUUUUCCACAAUGAUCUGGUUCAUGGUUGUUCCGCUGCGAAACAAGCUUGUGAUUGCAUUAAUCUUUUCCGUUUUUAUUCAGCUAGGUGAGGGUUUCCGCUAUCUGUUGUAUAAACUUCUGCGCAAAAUUGAACCCUUUUUACACUAUCGGCCCAAUAGGCACAUAUCUGAGUACGUCACCGGUCUGGGCUUUGGAACCGCGAGCGGAGUGUUUUCAAUGAUCCAUAUUCUGCCCGCAUCGUUAGGACCGGCAACCGUUGGACUCAAAACCGGUUCCAGCUAUUUGUUCGUGUUCAAUGCGGCCCAAUCUCUCUGCAUGAUAUUGCUGCAUACCUUCUGGAAUGUGAUAUUCUUUAGCGCAUGGGAUACCAAGAACUAUUCCCACAUUACUUACGUGGUAGUAAGUCACCUGUUUGUAUCGUGUGUGACUCUGCUGAAUUCUCAGGGACUUGUUGCGGUCACCCUGACGGGGUCCUAUCUGGUGCUGCUCGUCACCACGGUUCUAGCUUUCCGAGCUGCUGGAGGAACCUUUGCAUGGUUCUGGCAAUUCAUAACUAAUUUCCGAAGAAGAACAACUGGUUAUCAACCUCUUGAUUAAGCUUUUUGAUUCAGGUACUUACCGAUUUAUCAUUUAUUGUCAGUGGUUUUCGAACAAAUUUGUAUAAAAAUAAACCAAAAAUUGGUAGUUCUGGGCUCAAAGCCCCCUAGGAGGCGGUAGGGACCAUAAAUCAAUGAUUUAUACCAAUAGUACUCCAAUAGAACUGACUGCAGUAACGCAUUUAAUAGUUCCUUAAUGAUCAUUUUGUAUCAUAAGGUGAAAUACCCUUUAUUACACUUCAGUGAAAAUCACUGAUUAGCCUUUGGCAACGAAUGAUUGGCUUUGAUAAGAAUUUGUCGAAAAGAGGAACUUUUGCCGAUUUAUUCCAUACAAAUUUUCAUCGGUUAUAUAAAAUUAAACUAUAAAAAUCAUAUGCUUGUUACAAUUCAAUUUAUUGGCCCAUUGAUUAAAAAUCAAAUAUUAUUCAGGCGAUUUAAGUAAAGACUGACGGCAAACCUUAUUGUAUUUUUCAUUUUUCUGUCACGAAACUGAUUUAAAUUUAACGUGAAGAAAUACGUAAGUCCACAGCUUAGUUUUUGAAAUAAAACAUAACUAUACAUACAUGUUUGCACUUUAUUCUACAACUCAACGAAAAAAUAUACCGUUCAUACCUAUCUAUGUACAUCUUCAUGGAAACAUCUGUUCUCAU